AUAAAAGAUUAUUACCCAUGGGAGGAUGUUAGUGUCGAUAAGCAGCUAGUGAAACGAGCAUAUGAAAAUACAAUUGUGAUCACGGCACAUGGUUAUGACCAUAAAUUCAUUCAAGAAUUUCAGCAAAAAUUUGCUAAGGAAACCGGCCAUUUGGCUUCACAGGUAUAUUUGAAUGGAAUCCGUAGUGCUGAGCUGUUUUAUACAGUCCCGUUAAAGCAUGCAGGGACGUUGCAAAUUCUGCGGAAUGAUCUGUUUGAACGGCCAUAUGGAAUUAUUUGA